GACCUCGAGCAAUACACGUACUUUUGCCUUUGCCAAGUUCAAGGAGACACGUGUGCAUGGCAGUACCGGCGACAGGCGAAGGACGCAAAGAUCAGAUGGACGCCCCCGCGAAGCGAACAGAGCAGCCGGGCCCGUCUUCGCCGAAUGGCGGUAGGGUGGCAUCAUCAGCAGACUCGAAUUUCGCGUUCCCCAGCUACGCGCCAGGUGAGGACGAGACCGCCCUCUGGUUGGGGGAGGGCGACGGGGGCGUGGGCGGCGACGGGGGAGGCUUGAUGGCGCCCCUCGAGCCUGUCGGGGCUCUCAUGAGCGCGGGAGGGGGUUGGAGCUUCUCCACGCUACCGGGGGACGAGGGCCUGCGGUGGAGCGGCGUGAAAACGGAGCAGGUUUUUGACGAGUGGGCGGCUUCCGGGAGAGGAAAACAUCAGGCCGCCAUGAUGCAGCCUUCGCUGCUUCUGACAUCAACAGCAGCAGGGGGAGACAACGGCAGUACCAAGGGUGGAGGCAGCCUGGCCAAGUCGGACGCGGAGGAGGGCUGGAAGACUUUCGUCGGCCCCGCCCCCACCCCUUCUUGUUCCAACGCAACGAAGCCCCACGGCGGCGAAAUGGACAACUCCUGUAAUUUUCCACCGUCAUCACGCCGUCAGCAGCUGGCAACAGUUGCAACAAAAGGCAUGGCCGAGGUCCGACCCACCGCCAACCACUGCGCAAGCUCGUCCACCAAGGACAACAUUGCGGCGUUUGCCAAGCAGCGUUCUUCUUCCGCCGCCGCGCGGGCCCCCGCCGCCGAAUUAACGACCACUACGCCGCCAGCACCACCACCGCCAACGCGGGACGCAUCAUCCCCCACCUCCGCGACGGCGGUGACAAGACGCACGCGCAAGGCCACCGCCGCCGCCGCUGCUGCCGCCGCCGCCGCUGCCGCUGCCGCCGACAGCUUGGGCGAGGCUGAACAACCGGCCAACGAGGACAAGGAAGAUAACAACGACGACGAUGACGACGACAACGACGUCGAUGGCGCCGGCGCCCGCGCCGUCAGUAGAAAUAGCUGCCGCGCACCCGCCGCCAAACCCAAGCGCGCGACGACGAAGGACCAGAGCUACGACGAGGACGACCUCGACGCGGACGACGACGACCCGGCCGGGACCGAGCUAACCGACAAGCGGCGGCGCAACCGCGAGCAUGCCAAGCGCAGCCGCCUCCGGAAACGGGUCCGCCUCGGGGGCCUGGAGGAGCUGUUGCUGGGCCUACGCAGGGAGAACGUCCGCCUCCGGAAGGUGAUCAUGCGCGGCAUCCCGGACCGCGCCGGCGCCAUCAUCCGCAACUGCACCAAGGACAACACCAACGCCGACGUCGUCGCCAAGCAGGACGUGAUCCAGGGCAUGCGGCCCGGCAUGUCGGUGGGGUCCUCCUCCUCGAGUUGGACCGCUCGCGGCGGGACGCGAACGCGGCCGAAGCCCGCCGGGGGCAGCGGCGGCAGCGGAAAGGGCCGUUACGUGCCGUCGGCCCUCAAGCUCAUGUCGCCCUGCUACCAGACCGUGAAGGCCCUGGCAGACAGCCAGGCGAACUUCGUCCUCACGAACCCAAACCUCCCGGACUGCCCGAUCAUCUUCGCGAGCCAGGGCUUCCUCGACCUGACGGGGUACGACGGCAACGACGUGAUCGGCAAGAACUGCCGCUUCCUCCAGGGCCCCGGGACCGACCCGGUGACGCUGUCCAUCAUCCGGAACAACGUCGCCGCCGGCCUGGACACGAGCGUCUGCAUCCUCAACUAUAAGAAGGACAAGACGCAGUUCUGGAACCAGCUGUCCAUCGGCGUGUUGCUGGAUUCGCACGGGCAAGUCGCAAACCACGUGGGCGUCAUGUGCGAGGUCAACCAGAUGCCACCCGCGGUCUUCCACCGCCUGUUGCACAGGGUACCCCUGCCAGAGAGCCUUCUGCACGACGACUCGGACUCCGAUAGCGACGGACACGACAACCACCGCGUCUCGCGCGCCGAGGUUGCGGCGGGUUCUGCGGGUCACUCGUCGUCGACCGGCGGCACCGGCGGCCGUGCCCGCGCUUCCUCGGUCUCCGGGGACGUUCCCGACAAGGGGGCGGCGGCGGCGGCGGCGGCUUCCUCGAGGAUUGUAGAUCGACUGCACCGAACCCGCGCGGCGGCGGCGAUCUGCAACAACAAGAAUGGCCCCGCUGCUUCGUCUUGAGAUGCGACGAAUCAGGGGCGAGGGGGAGAGGGUUCCCUUUCUUUUAUCAUGGAGGAGGAGGAGGAGGAGGGGUGGUUUUGGCUAAGUAAAAAAUGUGUAGGCGGCGAGAAAACUUGUUGUCUCGCUUGCCAUCCUUCUGGCGUGCACUACACGCAUGGCAGAGUCGCACCCCCUCUUCUUCUGGAACCAGGGUGGGGAGGGGCUUCGUCCUACGAAGUAUAUUUACUGCACACAAGUCAGUUAUUGUUUUGUCGGUGCACAACUGUUCCAUGCAGGGGAGCAAGGUCUCGGGGGGUGAUGACGAUCAUAGCUAGAACUCUCGGUACGUCGUUGGCGCAGCAGUAGGUUCGACUAUAAGGCCACUGCCGUUGGGGGGGGGUGUUUGAAUACAUGCAUGCGUUUGUUUGACUUAGCACACAACUUGCCACUGCCGGAGGUUUGAAGUUUUUUUUUGUUGUGGAGGGUUUUCGAUUCUUGGCGGCCGGGGUAUGGCAAUCCCGAACCCUCCUAGACGGUCUGUACAUACUGUUUUUGUCAGUAGUGCUGCCUUCAGGCAUGCAUCAUGUCAACCGGUGUCCCUCCGUUGCCUGCCCCUUUCGACAACGAGUUUGUCGUAGAAAUCGAACAGCAAGGGAGGGAGAGGAUUAGUAGCAACGGUGGUAAUGGUCGUGGUGGUAAAUGAAAGUACCACAGCGUUUUUCGUGUGUGCGUGCGUGUGAUGUGCUCGUCUUUUCCCUCUGCUCUGUUGUGGCGGUCGGCUAACGCGACGCUCGAAGGGUCCUGCGGUGCUUUUUUCUUUUUUCUUGUUGUUUUCCUAUGAGGAACCCUAAGCAUCAUCACUAACAUCUCCCUGACAAAGUGGUUGUGUCCCCUUUUCGCCUCGAGGAUGGAUUGAGUGGGGAGAAACCGCCGUGUUUCACGUUUCGACUUCCUCGCGCAUGUAAAUUAGCGAAGGUGCGGAGUAGAGACGCGAGGCGGCGAAACGCCGCGUAGCUCUUCUUGCGUCGUUAGGUGUAUUCUUUGGCAGAAGAAGUGAGUAGGAUUUGACGCAAGCGCUCGAGGUGGCGUCACAGGCGCCCGAAUACCCUCUUCGAGUAAUGCUUAAUUAAUAUACAUCUAUAGACCUUUCCCCCGGGGGGUGGGAUGCUGGUGGGUUCGGCGGCGUAAGCCGGAUCCAUACAAGUGGAUAUGUUUUAUGUAAUUGUUUGCAUGCGGGUUUGACGGUACGAGGUCUCACUGUUCGUACUAUUAUGAAGGUGGGGGGGGGGGCGG